AUCGCCGGCUAGUUGAGUUUGUGGUUCGGGAUCGGUGUGCCGUCAUUCGGAGCAAACCGAGCAACAGUAGUGCAGCAGGAUGAAGUUUGUCACGGUAUUGUUGGUGUUUGGUGUAGUGUUUUCUGCGCUGCAAUUAGCAGUCGCCGCACCCGUGGAAGCAGAACAGUUACCUAGCAAUGCGGAGCCAAGCAAGAAAGAGCUGCGACCAGUGAUGGAGCUUAAGCCGACGGACGGUGUAGAUGCCACGAAUGCACAAGCUGACGCGGCGGCUGUUGCAGAAGAGAAGGAAGCGGCCGUGGUGGAUGCGGCGGAGCAAGUGAGCAACUACGUGCAGGAGGAUGCGGCCGAUGGUGAGGCUGUCGAAGGUAGUGAAUUGAGUGUUAGUUCUCGCUCGAAGCGAUCAGUUGCAUGUACCGAACUCUUAGGAGAUGAUGGCGUUAUGCGGACGGUGUGCGAUCAGGAUCAGGACGCUGAGAGCAGCGCAGUGGACAGUGCGGUGGCGUUCGAGCGUUCGUACGGAGGACAUGGUGGCCAUCACGGAGGCCAUGGCUACGGACAGCACGAGAUGAAGGGACAUGGCGGUUACGGUCAUCACGAGAUGAAGGGCCAUGGCGGUUACGGUCACCACGAGAUGAAGGGUCAUGGUGGAUACGGUCAUCAUGAGAUGAAGGGCCAUGGCGGUUACGGUCACCACGAGAUGAAGGGUCAUGGUGGAUACGGUCAUCACGAGAUGAAGGGACAUGGCGGCGGCUAUGGACAUCAUGAGGCGAAGGGACACGGUGGCGGCUAUGGACAUCAUGAGGCGAAAGGACACGGCGGUUACGGUCACCACGAGAUGAAGGGUCAUGGUGGAUACGGACAUCAUGAGGCGAAGGGACACGGCGGCGGCUAUGGACAUCAUGAGGCAAAGGGACACGGCGGCUAUGGACAUCAUGAGGCGAAGGGACAUGGUGGCCAUAUGGAGCAUGGUGGAUACGGACACGGAGGUCAUGAGCACAAGGGUUAUGAACAUGGAGGUCAUGAGCAUAAGGGAUACGGACAUGGUGGACACGAGCACAAGGGAUACGGACACGAACACAAGGGUUAUGGACACGAGCAAAAGGGCUACGGACAUGGUGGACACGAACAUAAGGGAUAUGGCCACGAGCACAAGGGUUACAGCCAUGAGCAUAAGGGAUACGGACACGGUGGACACGAGCACAAGGGUUACGGACACGAGCACAAGGGACAUGAGCAUAAGGGCUACGGACACGGAGGACACGAGCACAAGGGAUACGGACACGAGCACAAGGGUUAUGGACACGAGCACAAGGGUUAUGGACACGAGCAUAAGGGCUACGGACAUGGUGGACACGAGCACAAAGGAUACGGACACGAGCAUAAGGCCCACGGACACGAACACAAGGGAUACGGACAUGGCCACGAAGUUCACGGAUACGGACAUGGACAUGGGCAUGAGGCCCACGCCGGGCAUGGUUACGGACACGAAGCUCAUGGACAUCAUGGCGGAUACGAGCACAAGAAGAUGCACUACCGAUCCGCUUCUUACCCGGCCCCCGCCGCUCACCAUCAACCAGCGCACGGUGGAUACGGUGGGCACGCAGCCCCAGUGAAGUGUGGAGCGAACCUGCUCGUUGGUUGUGCCCCAUCAGUCUCCAAGGUUCCUUGCCAGCCAGUGCACGACCAUCAUGGCUACGGACAUCACGGUGGAUACGGUGGACACGAAGCUGCGUCGGAGCUGUCAUUCCGCUUUGCCGCUCCGGAACCAGAACAGAAGGAGGAGAAAACGGAAUAAGUGAUAGCAGUCUGUAAUAAAGUAAUCGCAACAUUAACGCUU